UAUAACAAAUGGCGGGAAAUUAAAAGUACCGAAAUGGUUUUGGAAACUUUACCAGAAAAGUUAGUGGAACGACUGAUGCCCUUUCAAAAAGAGGGUGUCAAAUUUGCAGUUUCUAAACACGGGAGAUGCCUGAUUGCUGAUGAGAUGGGUUUAGGGAAGACGUUACAGGCUAUAUCUGUAGCAUAUUACUAUAGGAAGGAAUGGCCCUUAUUGAUCAUUGUCCCAUCAUCACUCAGAUAUUCCUGGAUCGAAGAGUUUGAGAAAUGGUUACCGGACAUAAAUCCAGGAGACAUAAAUCUUGUUCAGUCAGGAAAUGAUGUCAGUGAUAUUAGCACAGCACGGGUAACCAUAACAACCUUUGGUUUGUUAAGUAAAGGAACCAGCCGUAUUUUACGAGAGGCGUUGAUGAACCAGGCAUUCCAUGUUGUCAUUGUAGAUGAAUCUCAUUAUAUUCGCAAUGCUAAAACAGUCUCGGCUAAAACUGUAGUACCAAUAAUAAAGAAUGCAAACAGACGUAUCUUGUUAUCUGGAACCCCAGCUCUGGCAAGACCUGUAGAGCUGUACCCACAAAUAGAUGCCAUUUGUCCUGAUGAGUUUGGUAGCUGGUGGACAUACACUGCCAGAUAUUGUGAUGCAAAACUGGAAUGGAUUGGAAAGAUCAAACGCAGAAAUGUGAAUGGUGCCAGUAAUUUAGAGGAGUUACAGCAGAGACUGUCAGACAAGUUGAUGAUCCGACGUGAGAAAAGCCAGGUUCUAACACAACUACCACCUAAACAGAGACAGAGGGUGCUCUUUGAAUUGAAGGAUUCAGACCUGAAAAAGGAAAUCCGACAAACAUUUGAUGAACUGCGACCUUUAAUGAAACGUUCUAACCAGGAUAACUUUGAGGUACUGACAGGUGGUGCUGAUCAUGACGCUAAGGACACUAACAUGUUGUCUUUAAUACAGAGACUUUAUAAACUUAGUGGAACAGCAAAGAUAGGCCCAGCCAAGGAGUAUAUAGAGAUGUUAUGUGAGAAUAGGAAGUUAAAGUUUCUGGUGUUUGCCUACCAUCAUGAUAUGAUGAAUGGCCUCAGUGAGAGUUUACACGAUAAAAACAUUAAAUUUAUAAGAAUAGAUGGAGAAACUCCGCCAUCGGAACGACCACAUUUGGUUCAUCAGUUCCAAUCAGAUCCAGAUAUAAGGGUUGCUGUACUUAGUAUCUUAGCUGCUGGGGUGGGUUUGACAUUUACGGCUGCCACCCUGGUAGUGUUUGCCGAGAUGUAUUGGACUCCUGGUACCAUGAUACAGUGCGAGGAUCGUGCUCAUAGAAUCGGACAGACAAGUUGUGUUGCUGUACAUUACCUGGUUGCCAAGGAUACCAUGGAUGAGUGGGUGUGGUCUGCUGUCUGUAAGAAGACUAUAGUGACAUCAACUACUCUUACCGGGAAGAAAAGGAAGAUGGAAGCUGAUGAGGGGGACCGGUACCAGGUUGAUGUGCUCUCUAAUGCUGAAGUUUGGGUACCAGCUACCAAUAGUGAAACUUCAAACCUCACAGAAUACUUUGAGACUACUUUGGAUUCAAAUCAGAAGUCAAUUCUACAUUUCUUCUCACCAAAGCAUAUAGCAAUGAAAAGAAAGCUGAAAGAGUCUUCGGAACCCAUAAAUGACGAAUCAGGUCAAAGAGUCAUUACUAGCAUCGAGGAUAACUAUUCAUCAGAUGAAUGCAGUGUUGAAGAAUCUUGUCAUACACCAGCAAGUAAACGGUUAAAGAUUGACUCUCGUUUGAAAAGUUCUAGUACAGAUAAGAAAUCAGUUACAAAAGAAAAAAGACAAGAACACAUAAUUGUAUUAGACAGUGAUGGCGAGGAUGACUUUGUUGAUACUUCAUCAAAGAAAAAAUCUUUAAGUAGCUCUAAAAAAGUUAAAGGUAAAAUCGUAAAACGUUCAUCAAUCUCCCCUAAAUGUAAUUUAGAUGUUAUGUUUGACAAAGUCCGUAAUAAGAGUGAAAAUGUUACAGAAAGUGAUGAAUUUACAUCUAGAGGUGGCUCAAAAGGUAGUGAUGAUACUGGUAAAGUUUCUGAAGAUAAAAGAUUUAACAGCAAAGACUGGAGCUGUAGUCAAUGCACUUAUCUAAAUCAUAAAGCUUUGUCUUACUGUGAAAUGUGUGAAACACCAAAGAAAAGUAAACCUCUCCCUAAAAAAUGCCAGCCCAAGUCUGUUGUGAAAAAAUCACCAAAAAAUGAUACUGAUUCAGAAUUUGAUAUAUGCAGUCAUUCAACAAGUGUGUCAAACAAUAUGCAAGAUAUUGAUGAUGAAGAGGAUACUGUUAACAUAGAUGAUACACUUGAUUUUGAUCCUGGUACUGAAAAUGAUUUUACAGCUGGAGACUCAACCGAUCUUAUUGACAUUGAGAAGGUUCAGCAAGCAAAUCCGAGGUCAAAACAAGUAAAUGAAAAAGACAAAGAUUGUCAACAACAAAAAAUGGUUGAAAAUGAGGAUCAUGUUGUAAAUGAAGAUGAUUUUGAAAAUGUCAGGAAAGUAGAUAUGACUAACACUGGAAUUGAAAACAGUUUAGAAACAGGGGGUGUGGCUAAUGAGUCAAAUAUAUCAAAUGGUAAAUUUGUUGUUUCUCAGUCUAAAUAUUUCAGUAAAGAUGGAUUAACUGAUGUAGAUCAUUUACAGUCAGAGAAAAAAGAAAUAGUCAUUAACAAUACUUUGAACUUUAACACAAUCAAACAGAUUGAUGUGCAACAAAAUAAUCAAUGUGCCAAAAUUACAUGCAAUACAGAUACUACAAAAUUGACUAAAGAUAAAAACACCACCCCCACUUCUGGUAAAACAUACAAAUUUAAAUCUAUAAGAAAAGGGACAAAUCCAACAAACAGCCCUGGAGCUUAUAAUCCAUUUGGAGCUCAAGUAAAUAAUGUUGAGUCCAGGAAUAACACUCCAGUUAGAAUAAAUUGUGCCAAUGAUAUUGCAAACUGCAACAGAGACACAAUAGGUAGUGAAGUAGAAAAGAAAGAUGUAAGUGUAUCAAAUACACUAGAUAACAGUGCACAUGUGUCUAAUAGUGUACGAAAUCCUGAUUUAGCUAAUGAUUUCUCUAACAAAGGACAAAAUGUGAACAGUUUAGACACUGGUAAUGAUCAUUCAUUUAGUUCAUCAGAACUGGAUGAGAUUUUAGCUUCUGAAACUGAUCAUGUUACUAAGAGAACUGAUGAAGUUACCAAGGAGGAGAAAAGAAUUGUGAAUCUUGAUACAAUCCCUGUCUACACCAUGUUGAAGUAUCAGUGUAGUAAAUAUACAGACAGGGUGUAUCUCCUGACACAGGAGGAGGAAGCACUGAAUGUUAAUUUCAUACCAUCAGAUGUCCAGUUUGGCAAUGAUGAUGGCCUACCUGAUUUACUCCUUCAUCCUGAUAAUUUACGUCUAGUGCAGAGAUUUGUUAGAGAAUGGCAAAGUUUAACAGAAACAAAGAGGAGGCUGAUAAUUAAGUCAGGGCAGCCAUUUAUCAGUCCAAUACAACAGUAUGAGAAACUGAAAAGUUGUAAAACUGUCAAUACACAAAGACAUAGAACUAAGAUUGAUGCUAGUAAAGCUGCUCAUGAGAAGGCGAAGGAUAUAAAUGGUAGUGUUAGAAUACUGUCUAAACAUGCUGGUGUUCAUAGUGACAACAGUGGAGAAGCAGGUGUAUCACAGGCUGUCAGUGAAGAUGGUACACCUUUGUGCCUUCAAUGUUUCAAACCAUACACUAACCCUCUCAUCACCAAGACUACAAUACAUGAUGAAAACAAUGCCUGGAAUACACGGUUUUGCUCUCAGAAAUGUUCUCAGGAAUAUUGGAGUAAGACUAACAAUGACUACAUGAGGGACCGUGUGUUUGAAGCUGAACAUGGUGUAUGUCAAAUGUGCAAGUUUGAUGCCCACUCUCUCUUCAGAAAGAUAAGAGAUACUGUUGACCAAAGAAAGAGAGCUGAGUUUAUAACUAGUAGCAAAUUCAACAGUUUGACGGUCAAGAUCAAAGAACAGAUGGUCAGAAAGCCAACUGCUGGACAGUUUUGGCAUGCGGAUCAUAUCAAACCAGUUUGGGAAGGAGGUGGUCAGUGUGACAUUGAUAAUCUACGUACAUUAUGUGUCAUCUGUCAUCAGAAAGUCACGGCACAACAGGCGGCAAAACGAGCCACAGUGAGAAAGCUCGGCACAGCCGUAAAUUCUGGAGAUAUUACCGCCUUUUUUAAAAGAAACUGAAAUAAGAUUGAAGACAUAUUAGAAGGGUAUCUUCUAAGCUGUGAUUACAGAUAUUUGCUAGUCUUUGUUAUGUGUAAUUGAAUGAUUUCAAUUUAAUGAGUUUUGUUUUAAAAACAAAAAUGGAUAAUCUGCUAACUGAAUUUUAGUUUUACUUAACUUAAGGAAUAAUGCAUGAUGAUGUAGCAAUAUAUUUAAGAUUUGUAUAAUAUAUUGAAAAAUCAUAAUGUAAAUCAUAACUAAAUCAGUGGAUGGUUGAUACGAUAAUAUUUCACUACUAGAAAAAUUAUGUAAUAAGAGAUACCAGAUUACAUACUUAAAUGGUUUAAUAUAUCUUUCUGGCUGAGGGUAACAAAUAGAAAUUACUCCUGAAAUACAUGAUAUUGUAGUGUUUUGUACAAAUUAUGAGAAUUCGCCAUAAUCUUAUAUUAUUAAGGGUUAGUAAUGACAUCAAUUAGUUAUUUGGUUUGACUGGCAUACCAAAAGAAAUUUAGGCACAAGCAUUCUUGCUGUUAUAAAAAAAAAAUGCUUAAAAGAUCUCUUCCAUGGUGAAUUGAAUUUUUAGUUACGAAGAAAUUUUUCAGGUUAUUAUCACCAUUGUUUCAGAGUGUUUAUGAAUUGGCAUCAGGGUAAUAAUUUGUGUAAGUUUUGGAUGCAAAUUCAUAUCUAAGUAACUGUAUACAUGUCUUUGUCAUCAUAAAUUAAGGUCCUUGUUCAAGACCCAUAAUUCUGACAUGGAAUUUAACUUGAUUAUAAUACUAUGUGAACUUAAUAUAUUCCUGGUUACAGUUUUGCUAGCAAAAUCUGUAUCUGCAACUACUGAAGGAAUUCACUUGAAACUACACAUUUGUACACAAAAUUAAAAUUGUAUGCCACUAUUCAAAAUUUAUAACUCAAGCAUGGAUUUGAACUGAAUUUACUAGUAUGCCACUUUUUGAACACAGAAAAUUCUUUAAGGGCUAGCAUGCAAGAUUUAUGGUGUUCAGAACAACUGAAGGUAUUCAUUUAGAAAAUUCACACAUGUCUUUGAAAUCAUAAUUGUAGGUCACUGUCCAAGACCCAUAACUCUAGUACGGGUUUUGAAUGAUUAUUCUCCUUUAUGAAUUCCUUCAUUAUCCUGACUCAGAGCACACUGUCAAACUGGCAGCUAUUGUCUGUCAAAUACUUUGCAUGAUUUUUGCCAACUGUUUUUAUGUAAUAAUAGUUACUUACUGAGUCUUAUUUUAGAAACUUGAUUGAAGUCUUUUGAACAAUGAAAUACAUAUGGUACAAAGUUAUUUUGCUUUAUUAUUAUUUGUAUUCAAUCCAGUAUUUACUUUUUUUUCAAAAACAUGUAACACUCUAAAUUUAUUUGACACCUUACCUUCAAUAUUUAUUUAAAGACACGUCAUUGAUUUCAUGUAUUAUAUAACACUUUUUCUACCAUUUAGAUACUUUUUUUAAAUAAUGGACAACAAUUUAAAUGAUUUAUAUUUCCUAUAAAACAGAUCUAAAGCCAUAUUUUUGGUCAUAUUUUGUACCUGAUAUUUUUAUAUGAUCAGAUUGUUAAGAAUUUGCUUGAUUAUUUCUCAAAGUUUUUUUAUUUGCAUGAAAAGGGCAACUUCAAACCUUUCACCUGGAUUAGAAAUUUUCUUUAUGGUGCAAUAUUCAUCUUGAUUGAUAUCUAGUUUAGACAGCCAACAAUAGCUUUUGAAAUAAUUUUAUUAUGAAAGAAUUUCAAGCCCCUUGUGGCUGAGAGGUUGCCUUUCAAGGUUGAGACAAAAGAACUGCAGCCACCAUUUAUCCCUGCAUGAUGGUAAUUUAAGAGGCGACAUAAUGGAUUUGAGUAGGUGGAGUCUGUGCAUCUCUUAGCCCCAGCAGGUGUGGUGGUUUUGACCCCUUGUGUUGCUACCUGAGGUUAGCCAAAAUUAUCUUUCUUUCCUUUGCUAUAUGACCUAUACUGUGUUGGUGAGGUGUAAAACAAAACUAACAAUAAAUUUCUAAGAUAGCUCACAAGGGAAUACUCAUUUAAGGUAUUUUAGGGU